UGCUAAACCCCCAAAGGCCAAAGCUUCUCCUCCUCCUUCACUUCCUCUUCGUCUACAUCAAUCUGAUUUGAGGGAUCAUCUCCUGACGAAGUUUAGGGUUUAGGGUUUCAUUUAUCCCUCCCAAAGUUUCUUUCUAGUCUCUUCAAUUACGAUGAUCUGCACGGAGUGCGAAAACGACGCCUUUGACGAAGAAGACGACGGAUAUUACUACUGCCAACGAUGCGGUGUUCAGGUUGAAAAUCUGAUCCAAACCGGCGUCGACGACGGCGAUUUAAUCGGUGAAGGUGGAGGUACUCAGGGCGCUCUGUAUAACCCCAAACAUCGCCGGACUGAACCACAACCAAUCACUCCUUCACAGCCUCGUUUUACAGAUGACACAAGCCGUUACUCUCAGUUUAAAUCUCAGUUUGAAUCUGAAAACGGGAAUAAGGAAUUGCCCCGGGAAGUGAAGAGAGCGCCUGACAGUUAUGUCGAUAAAGAGCCAACGGAGCCUGUGGAUUUUGCAGCAGAGACUUUGAGUUAUGAGAAUUAUUACGAUGAAGCAAGAGAUAGAUAUGUUAAAGCUUUUCUUAUGAUGAUCACUUAUCAGUGUGAUGCUUUGGUUGACAAGUUUAAUGUCACUCCUUUGAUUAUUGGUUUGGUUGGACCUAUCUCUUUGCGUUAUGUGGCUCUCUCUGGCGUCUACCAUAAAGAUUGGGCCAAUAACGCCAUUCGUGAUUCCGAGCAUCAGUCAGAAGAUGGUGAAGUAAAAGAUGCUAAGAGGCUUAAAAGACACAAAGCUGAGCCGCGUAACAUAGAUGGUAAAAGAGCAGUGACGAUAUGGUUUGGUAUACUUAAAAAGACUAUGCCUUUAUCGAGUUCUUUGGUGAUAUCUUUCCUUGCUUGUCACCAAGCGGGAGCGCCUGUUCUACCCACGGAUAUUGUGAGAUGGGCACGAGAAGGAAAGCUUCCGUAUUUGUCUUGUUUUCUCGAUAUUAGAGAGCAAAUGGGAGAGCGAUCAGCUGCGUGUCCGGUGAAAGUAAGUAUAAUGGCUAGGCCUUUUCAGGUUAUUUCUGCUCAGAUGUUGGAAGCACGAGCCUCUGUGAUUGCUGAUACUAUUGGUUUGCCUUUGCCUCCUGUGAAUUUCUAUGGUAUAGCUUCAAACUAUAUAAAGCAGUUAUCUAUUCCUGAGGACAAGAUUCUUGAUCUGGCGCGUCUUAUACAGAACUGGUCAUUGCCUCCUGAGUUAUAUUUAUCGACGAAUGAGCAGAAGCUUCCUAGCCGUGUGUGUGUCAUGUCUAUUCUGAUUGUAGCUAUUCGGAUGCUUUAUAACAUAAAUGGUUUGGGUGUGUGGGAACGGAGUUUGGGGUUUGUCAAUGCUAGUGACGGUGAUUCAGAGACAAAUUCAGGUACUGCAGAGAAAGCAACUGAAUUCGAUACUCAGGAGCUUCUGAAGAACCUUGAAGCUAAAUAUCAUGAGGUCGCUGCAGAAACCCUUGAAUCCGAGAAGGAUCUGGUGUCAUAUCUAUCGCUCGGGAAAAACGAGUUCUUUGCUGGUUUAGAAGAAGAUUCACCUGACGAUACAUACAGAAUUGUUGAUAACUUGUGGAAUGGUUAUCCAAAAGACGAGGAUAUUGAAUGUCUACCCAAGAGGGGGAGAGACUGGGACGAUGAUGUAUCACUUAACCAACUUUCAUUAUACGAUAGCAGAUUUAGCGAUGGAAACAAUCCUUGUAGUAGCUCUUCAAGGAGAAACGAAAGUGUAUCAAUAGGUCUUGAUUUAUCUUCUUCAGAACACCGAGAAUCAUCAUCACCAGAGAAAUUAAAAGAGAUAGCGAUAAAAAGACUAAUUACAGACAUGGGAGAUGACUUGUUCUGUUACAUACCACCUCGUGUGAAGGUAAAGAGACUAGACUAUCUUCAGUACGUGAGGAAAAAAGAAGAUGGAGCAUUGAUAUACGCGGCUCAUGCAGAUUACUACAUUCUUUUGCGGGUUUGUGCUAAGGUAGCUGAGAUUGAUGUGAGGAAUAUGCAUAGAGGUGUGUUGAGCUUUGAGAGGAGAUUGGCUUGGAUUGAGAAAAGGAUAGAUCAGGUUUUGCAUCUAACUCGACCUCUUAUGACAUGUAAACACUGUUGUGAUGAUGGGAAUAUUGGAGAAGAUCAAGAUGAUUGAUAAGUUCAUAAGAAGCAGAAGAAUACACGUGCAAACUGGUUUGCAGAUUUUGGGGUUUAAAUCUCAUUGUUUAGAGAUCUUGUAUACUGAUUGAUGUAGAAACUUCUCCUGCGUGAGAAUGGUGGAUGAUGAGCUAACAACGAUGAAGUGUUAGCCGUCUCCUUUGGUUUGACGAUAAGGAAUAAGAGUUUGGUGGCUUGUUACUUAUCAAUGAUUCAUAUAUACUAACACACAUUGUUCAUAAUUUUUGUUGUAAUAUGUUCGUAGAGUAUUUUGUAUUCUUCUGGUAAAUCAAGUUAAUGGU